GGAUGGCACAGGGGGAGCGGGACAACCGCAGGGGGGAUGUUCAUGCUGCACUAAGCCCCUGGACAUCCAUUCCUGCUGCUGGGGUGGCACCAAUGGCCACGAAUAGCCCGUGAGGCGGCAUUCCCUGCCUCCCAUCCCCUGACGUCGGGAUCGCGGCGCCUCCUCCCGCGUUUCCUCAGGAAGAAACCCAAGGCUGGCGGGAGGAAGAGGCCGCAGCACAGGAGGGACAGACGGGACGGGACGGGACAGGCAGACGCCAGCACCAGGGAGCUGCUGGGAUUUGGGCCCUUGCGCCCUGGUGGGAUGGGGAUCGCGCGGCACAUCCUCUGCCUCUAUCUAUGGCUGUGGGUGCAGAGCUCUGCGCAGGAGCUCGAUCCUGAUGGCAGGAACGUCUGCAGGCUCCCCACUGGCCCCGCAUGCUGUCCCGGCUGGAAGCAGGAAGGGCGGGAAUGUACAGCUGCACUGUGCGAGGGGGAAGAUGCCUGUGGCGCAGAUGAGGUGUGUGUGAGACCUGGGCUUUGCCUCUGCAAACCCGGCUUCUUUGGAGCAGACUGCAGCUCCCCCUGCCCUGAGCAGUACUGGGGCCCUGACUGCAAGCGGAGCUGCCCCUGUCACCCCAAUGGGCGCUGCGAUGCUGCGAGCGGGCGCUGUACCUGCGACCCCAACCAUUGGGGUGACCUGUGCCAGUUCUCCUGCCAAUGUGGCCCCCACGGGCACUGUGACCCCCUCACCGGCGCCUGCCGCUGCGAGCCGGGCUGGUGGGCACCCACCUGCAAGAAGCAAUGUCAAUGCAACCCCUCCAGCUCGCAGUGCGACCCGCUGAGCGGGCACUGCCGCUGCCUGCCCGGCUGGUGGGGCAGGAGGUGCAGCUUCAAGUGCUCCUGCAACCUCUCGCCCUGCGCCCAGGAGACGGGCAAGUGCGAGUGCAAGGCUGGGUUCUGGGGCCCGGCGUGCCAGCGGCGCUGCGACUGCAUCCACGGCUCCUGCAGCCCUGUCAGCGGGCACUGCAGCUGCAGCCCCGGGUACCAGGGCAGGAGCUGCAGGGAUCCGUGUCCAGCGGGGAAGUAUGGGUCGCAGUGUGUGCACAGCUGCGGGCGCUGCAAGCUCGGCCAGCCCUGCUCGCCCGUGGACGGGUUCUGCCUGGCCUGCCAGCCCGGCUGGAACGGGACGCUGUGCCAGCACCGCUGCGCGCCCGGCUCCCACGGCGACCGCUGCCUCCUGCCCUGUCCCCGCUGCCGGCAGGGGGAUGCCUGCGACCCGGAGACCGGGGCCUGCCCGCGCUGCGAGCCCGGCUGGACCGGACCCAGCUGCAACAUCUCCUGCCCCGCGGGCACCUUCGGCGAUGGAUGCCAGCUCCUGUGCCCCGAGUGUGUCAUGGGGAGCUGUGACCCUGUGUCUGGAGCUUGUAUUUGCCAGGCUGGCUACUGGGGAGCCAGCUGCAAUGACACCUGCAUGGAGGGGUAUUAUGGAGUGAACUGUUCCUCUUCCUGCCAGUGCUCUCGGGGGACCUGCCACCCUGUGCGGGGCGACUGUGUGCUGAGUUUGAAGGACCACGGGGCUCUUGCAGCCGCCAUCCUCGUCCCCCUCCUGCUGCUGCUGCUCUGCAUCGCCUGCUGCUGCUGCGGAGCUGGUCCAGCAGAUGCCAGGGACAGGGCAGCCGUGGCGGAUGACGACGUGGUGGCCAGGAUGAAGCACCAUGUGAGGGGGGUGCUGGCGAACCUCAGUGCUAUGAUGCCCUGCUUUAACCUGGGUGGCUCCAAACUCCCUAAAGUCACAGUUUCCCACCACGACACAGAAAUCCCCUUCAACCCCAGCUUCAUCGAGCCACCAUCAGCUGCGUGGGUUUCAGACAGCUCCUUCUCCUCCUUUGACACUGACAACGAGGGACCCGAGUACUCCGUCCCUCCCAGAGAAGGCAUCCCGCUGCUGGGGGGGGCUGAGCUGCAGGAGGGGGUGUCCCCCAUGGGUGAGGCGCUCCCAGAUCCAUCCGCCUUUGACUCCGAGGAUGUCUCGCAGCCCUUCGCCAUCCCUCGCACCUCCAGCAUCGCCAAGGCCAAGCGUCCCUCCGUGUCCUUUGCCGAGGGGACCAAAUUCGGGAUUAUGGAGACCCCCAGCCCCGGGAGGAAGCCCAAGACCCCGUGGGGCCCAUCCAAGCUGUCCCAGCCACCGGGGGACAAGGAAUCUGAGCCCUCCACUGAGCGACCAGCCAGUGAUUGCUAUGAGAGCCCUGAUCCCAUCAGCAAAGGGGAGGAAAGCCACCGGCCAUCACCAAGGGCCACCCCGGGGGGACGCCGGCGCGUGGUGUCCAGCACCAGGCACGUGGCACAAAGAGUGGAGGCACUUGAAGCAGCUGCGAGAUCAGGCAGUUGGGAGGCAAAGGGGAAGGAUCCCAAUGUCACCACCAUCUAUAUGAUGGUGGGAACAGCUGGGCAGGACCCCAAGGCAGAGGGAGGUGGUGAAGGACCGGUCCAGGCGGUGCUGAAGCGGUUGGGCAGCUUGCAGAGGGGUAAGUGGGCUGCGAAGGAGGAGCCCAAGGUGAGGAAGAGCAUUGAGGUCAUCCAGAAACCGCCCCGACGGGCCCUGGGGCAGCACAGAGACUCGGUGAAUAGCUGUAAGCAGAGGGAGAGCAUCCCCGGGGCUCUUGCUGAGCCAAACCCGGGCAAACAGCAGCAUCUCCCUGGGAAGAGACAGUCCUUCCUUCUUGCAUCUCCUUCACCAAAAGGCACUGGGGUCCAGGAUGGGGUCAGUGAUGCUGUGGGUGCCACAGAGAGGGGUAAAAGCCCUGAGCUAGUCCUCAGCCUCAAAGCAAAGGGACCGGCUGCAUCAGAGGAAGAGCCAAAGUAUGAGAACGUGAUGAGCAGCAGCACUGAUUCACCCCCCAGCACCACCGAGGAGCCACCGGCCACCCCUGCGGCCACCUGAGCCACCACUGCCUGCCCUGGGGCAGCGGGAGCACUGGUGGCAUCUCUGACCACAGUGUGGGAGCUGAGAUCCCCCUCCGAGCUUGAACUGGAGAAGCAUCGAGCCUUCCCAUUGAACCCCUUUCCCUGCUGCUGGGGCGGACGCUCGCUGGGUGAUGCAAUGAUGGGUGAUGUGAUGAUGGGUGAUGCGAUGAUGGGUGAUGUGAUGAUGGGUGAUGCGAUGGUGGGUGAUGCUGAGAGCCACAUUGGUGGUAGUCCCAUGGGUCUGUGGUGCUUCAGGGCUGUUUUCUGCUCCCCCCUGCCCUGUGGACCCGCUGCACACUUUGGACCUCCCACAACCCAGCGAUGCUCUGGAUGCAGCAGUGGCACCUUCUAGUCUCUAUCAGCAUUGGGUUUGGGGACACGGAUCUUCCUCAUAAUCAUGAAUGGGGCUGCUGGGGGGUCACACACAGGCAAAAACCAGUUUCAUUCCAUUGGCUUUCACCUUUCCGUGUCCCAGCUCCACAAAGCUGCCUGGAGCCUCUUGCUGUAAAGAUGCUUCUCUUGCUGGAAGGGAUUAUGUUUUGGAGAUAGGCUGGGGCUGGAUGAUGGGCUGUCACAAGCAGCUUCAGACAAAACUGAUUUUAGCUGCUUAUCUCAAAGGGUAUCUGGGUGGCUCUGGCUGCCUUCAUUCUUAUGUACUUGCACAGCACAUGACAAGGCUCGUGGCACGGCGUGGAGUUUAUCGAUGGCCUUUUAAACUCCAUGCAAUACCAGGCUGCAGUUUUGCAAGAGCAAAUGUGGCACCUGGGCCAUGGCCAUCGACCUGUCCUUGUGCAUGGCACUGUGCUGGGCCUGAUAAGGACAACAUUACAUGCACGGAAAAUCACAGUCCUUGUGGGGUGCCAUCUCCCGCACUUCAUCCUGGCUGCAGCAAUGUGUCACCAUGGGUGGGUGAGAUGUGAUGAAGGUGCCGCAGCAUCUCCAGAGCAGCCAGAGGACCUCGGGCAGCACAGAGAGAUGGGCACAAGUGGGUCGAGGUGCCAAGGAGGGUUUGCAGCAUGAACUGGUUUUAGAUGUAUCUCAGUGCUAGAAGUUUCUUGUUUAUUUUUCUGUUAUUCACAUGGUGUGAAAGUGUCUGGAUGAAAAUUAAACGUUACCAAAGCCCUUUAGGA